CACUCUCCGCUCCCCAAAACACACUAAAACCAACAACCCUCUCCCCAGAAUUCCACGCCUAUCCUUUCCUUUCCUUUCCUCUUCCUUCUUCUUCAAUGGCGCCUAUCUCACUUCCCUCUAAAGCCUCCAUUUUUGCACUCCCUUUCACCUCCUCUUCCAAACCCAUCAAGGCUUUUUAACACCUCUCCUUCCUUUAACCAAUAUGUGGAUGAUGGGUUACAAUGACGCCGGAGAUUUGAACUUCCCCGCCGAUUCCUUCACUCCUCGCCGCCUUAGGCCUCUCCUUCCUCGCCCUCUCUCUUCUCUUUCCUCCACCGCCGCCGUUAAUCCUCCUUUCAACCUUAUCCACACCAACGAUUUCUUCUCCCAAUUUCACCACAUGGCCACCGUGACUGAUCAGACCAAGAGAGAGUUGAACAACGCGCCACCGCCCGUCGUCGUCAGCUCGCGGUGGAACCCUACGCCGGAGCAGUUGAGAGUGCUGGAAGAAUUGUAUCGGCGGGGGACUCGAACUCCCUCCGCCGAUCAAAUUCAACAUAUCACUGCUCAGCUUCGUCGGUAUGGUAAGAUUGAAGGUAAGAAUGUGUUCUAUUGGUUUCAGAAUCAUAAAGCUAGAGAACGCCAGAAACGACGUCGUCAGAUGGAAUCCGCCAUCACCGCCGACCACUCCGCUCGUGAACCCGGAAUCCUUGAAAGGAAAGAUUCAGGGUCGGGUAGGACAGUGUAUGAAGAACAGACCAAAAACUGGGCACCCUCUUCCAACUGCACAACACUUCCGGAGGAAUCUGCUCCAAUUCAAGGAUGGAUCCAAUUCCAAGGCUUUGUUCAAAACGACACCAACAACAACAACAACAACCCACCCUCCUCCUCCUUGCACUUCAUGCAUUCUCCCCCCACCACCGCUCUCGACGGCGGAGAAGCCCAGCUGAUGAUGAACACAGCCCCCAUCCCCACCACCACCACCGCCACCGCCACAGUUACAACAAUAAUGCACUCAAAAUCUCAUUCUAAUAUUGGAGGCUUUGCACCGAAUGGGGUGGAAGAAUUGGAGGAAUCAGAAGAAGCUGAAACCCUUCAACUUUUUCCUUUGUGCAGUGACUCACGGAAUGGUGAGAUUAGUGAAGGGAAAAAUGGGUUUGAAACAGUGGGAAGUUCAGCUAAUAUGACUCCACUUCAGUUCUUUGAGUUCCUUCCAUUGAAGAACUCUCCUUAAUUUGGUUGCUUAUUACUCUCAUACUCAUCAAGGCUAGAGGGUUUAAGUCAAGCUUGUAGUGAAUAUAGAUUUUGUUUGAGCUCCCAACUUUUCUAUUUAUGAACGUAAAAGUUGAUGGGGUUUGUGUUUUGGGAUGUUUUAUUGAUGGAUAUUGGUAAACACUUUCCUUUGCCA